GCCUAGGAGGCAUGGUAUUUAGCUGCAGGGCGGUCAGACCAAUUGAUCUUUUGAAGUCAUCCUAAGGCUUCUAGAAAUUCAAGCGAAUACAUGAAAUGGGAAGUCCCUGAUUUAAAAAUGCCUGCUUGAGUCUCGGCCAACAGAGUUUUCAAUCAACGACUACUGCCGUGCUGCAUGUUACUAAACGCCCUCAUUUAAUCAAUACACACUACUCUGGACUACCUACCUUGAGAUUGCUUUUAAGCUUAUAUCUUACCCUCCCUAACUUUCUUUUGUUCUAUUGCCUUUGCCUUACCGAGUGAUACCUGAUCCCUUCAGCACCCGGCACACACCAUGGAUCAACCAACUCAUACUAUCGACCCCGAAGGAGAUGUCAUCAUAGUCCUAAGCAAUGCCAACUCUCCCUUCGCACCAGAUGAUCAUGAAGACACAACUGCGAAAAAGAACUCUGACAGCGACUCAAAAACCUCUGAUGAGGAGGAGGACCAACACCGCGAAAAGCGACCCCGACUUGUCGAAGAACAGCCUUCCGAGACGCCAACCGAAGAUGGACACCUCAGCGAGACACCAGAUGAGAAAUGUUUCCGCAUUCAAGUUUCCGCGAAGCACUUGAUACUUGCGUCCCCAGUUUUCAGAAACAUGCUCACUGGUAAUUGGAAGGAAAGUGUCAGUUAUCUUCAAAAAGGCUCCGUUGAGAUUACUGCCGAGAGCUGGGAUAUUGAAGCCUUCUUAAUAUUCCUUCGCGCGAUUCACGGCCAACAGAGCCAAAUACCUCGAAAACUCUCUCUUGAGAUGCUCGCCAAAAUUGCUGUUCUGAUCAACUACUAUGACUGCAAGGAUGCCGUGUCUAUUUUGACGGAACUGUGGAUCGAUGGUCUGGAAGACAAGAUUCCCGCAACAUAUACCCGGGAUCUAAUGCUGUGGCUGUGGGUCUCUGCAUUCUUCAAGCUUUCUUCACAAUUUCAAACAUCGACAUCGAACGUUAUGACACACUGUGAUCAUUUGAUUACUAACCGUGGGCUUCCAAUCCCUGAGAACAUCAUCAACGUAAUGAAUGAACGUAGGAGUGGGGUUAUUAAUGGGAUAUUACUCCGUCUGAAUAAGAUGCGUGAAGAUCUUCUCAGCGGCAGUCGGGGUUGCGACUUUGAGUGCAGAUCGAUGACGUUGGGAGCUCUAACGAUGCAUAUGAAUUCUAAUGAUCUACUUCCACUAGAACGCGAAGCUCCUUUCUCAGGACUAAGUUACGCUAUGAUUUUUAGGAAGAUACAGUCUUUCAGGUCACCAGAAUGGUACUCUGCCCCCCGUUCCGUUUAUUAUGACAGACUCAACGCCGACUCCUCCCCUCAUAGAUGUCAGUCUUCUUCCUUCAAUACUGUUAUCCAAGGAAUGACAAAUGCUAUCAAUGGCCUUGGUUCAUCGAUUAUGGGCCUAUGAAUGAUC